GUUAUACGUCGCACUUCUACAGGGAGUUUCCAGUACACAAGGCGGACUCCAUACAUAAGGCUCAGUCCGGAGCGCAGAAAACAACGGAAGUGAGAAGGUUCAAAGUUGACUGGUAUCAGGAUCAGCAGGUGGUCGGUGUUACGAACUUGACGCAGGUGUAACAACACCGUGAAGGGCCUCAGAAGAACAGCUUUAGAAAGCUCGUGCCGCUGUACCUGUGGAUUUUACAUUAAAGGGUGGUCCUACAGUAGCCGUUCAGCCGUGCCAUUGUGAGCAUUUCACGGGCACCUUUCAACGCGCGGGUCGCGCGGCGGAACCACCCUGAAAUUUCAGGCGGCCAGGUGGACGCAUUCAAGCCGCCCCGAAGUGUGACUAAAGUGCGGUAAAUCCGGGAAAAUUGGCCCGGGGGAAUUUGAGACGGUACCUGCUCUUGUGGGACAGGUUUUAGAAACAUGGCGGUGGUCAGGGAAAGUGGAGUGUACAGCUGGGUGUUUGUUGUAACAACGGCGGUGCUUCUAGGGAGGUACGAAGUCACGGCGCAAGCUGCUGAACUAUGCUGGGCAAACUCAACUUCGGGUCGUCUUAUUUUUGAAGUUGAAGAAAACGUGUUCACAACAGGUGAAGCAGUUACAAACCUGAAGUUCUUUGGAACUUACGGGGUCGAUAUCUCUAACAUCACAAUUACAUCGCAGACACCAGGAGGGUACUUCAGAUUAGACCUACAGAACAAUACUGACUUUGUUCCCUUGGUGUUGGUUCAGGACAUUGAUAGAGACGGGCCUCCGAUUCUUACCAAAAUCGAAUUGACAGUGUCAUGUUCGCCUUCCCUACCCGGUAGUUCGAGAGAAACAGCCCUCAUCGUCAAUAUAUUAGAUGCCAAUGAUAACGAUCCUGAGUUCCAAGAUGCACCAUAUAACACUGCUGUCAGUGAGUAUGAGCAGGUUGGAACAACAGUCUUCACCUUAUCAGCUACAGAUAUUGAUAGUGGAGCAAACAGUCAGAGAGUAUUUUAUUUACUCAGAACUACUCCCCAGCCCUACUUUGCUGUUGGAACUGGUGGAGCUGUGACCUUAUCAAGCUCACUGAAUUAUGACACUGGCCCUCGACAUUUUGAGCUGCUUGUGCAAGUUCAGGACCUGGGUACCCCGCCUAGAAGUUCCAACACCACACUGACAAUAGAUGUAGAUGAUGAGGAUGAUCUGGAUCCAGUCUUUCAGCAUGACAUCUAUGAAGCUUCUGUCAUGGAGAAUGCGACCUCGACCCUGACCACAUCUCCUGCCGCCAUCCUUGCUUAUGACCAAGACUUUGGAAUCAACCAGACACUAGUCUACUCAAUACAAAAAGCCUCCUCAACACCAACAGACUUAGCAGACCUGAUUGACUACUUCAGCAUCGAUGGUUCAACAGGAGAGUUGUCUGUGGUGAGAGGACUGGACAGGGAGUCAGUACAUGAUGUCACACUCACCAUCAAGGCUGUACAGUCAGACAACAAUGUCAGAUCAGCAGAAGCUCGUGUGUACGUCGUGGUACAAGACGCCAAUGACAACCAACCCCAGAUGUCUGCCGACCUGUACCAGGCUACAGUAGUGGAGAAUGCCCCAAGGGGUACUCCUGUACUGACUGUCACAGCAUCAGACAAGGACGAGGGUGAGAAUGCAGAGUUCGUGUAUGUACUGAAGCCCUCUGAUGUCUUCACCAUUGAUGGCUCCACUGGCUACAUCACUGUUAGCAACAGCAGUAUCCUAGACAGGGAGACUAACAACAACUUCACACUGGAGGUCUAUGCAGUUGAAACAAACACCUCAGAGAAGUACCCCAGCCCUAAAUCUACAGUUACCAUCACGCUGUUGGAUGAGAAUGACAACAGCCCCACAUUCACAGCGGACACAUACGAGGCAGCUGUGCCAGAGAACGCUGCACCUGGAGUUUUUGUGACACAGGUGACUGCAACAGAUCGAGACUCUGGCACCAAUGGUGAGAUCAUCUAUAGCAUUGUAUUUGCCUCCAGUGAUGGGAAGGACAAGUUUUCCAUCAGUCCAUCAGAUGGAAACAUCACCGUGUCAGGCAGACUGGAUGCCGACACUGUGGAGUCUUAUGUAGUGGUGGUCAUGGCUGCUGAUCAAGGGACUGCUUCAAGGGUGAGCACAGCUAUAGUGAACAUCAAUGUGACCAAUGUGAACGACAACACACCACAGUUUAGUCAGCAGCGGUACACAGCACAGGUGUCUGAAGCUGCUGCAACUGGCACCGUGGUGGCUACACUCAAGGCCACAGAUGGUGACAAAGAUGCACAACUCACAUUCCAGAUAGAAGAUGGCAGCUUUGGACAAUUCAACCUCUCUACUGCAAGUAAUGGUGACGUGCAGGUGGUGACAUCUGCAGAGCUGGACCGUGAGAUCAUAGACAGCUACAUCAUCACUGUGGAAGUGUCUGAUGGACAAUGGACUAACAGUACCCAGCUGCGUGUGAAUGUACAAGAUGUUAACGACAACUUCCCAGUGUUUAACCAGCGAGACUACGCAUUCGACAUCCCAGAGGAGGAAGCUGCCUCAUAUGCAGUGGGCUCUAUCUUUGCUUCAGACAAUGAUACUGGCAUAAAUGCAGACAUCCUAUACUCCAUACAACCCAGCAGUCCAGACUUCUCAGUUGACCAAAGCACAGGCCAGAUCACAACCCUGUGGCCACUGGACAGAGAAACUGCCUCACAGGUCCUGUUUGUCGCUGUCGCCAGUGACCAAGGCCGGCCCUCCCUGAGUUCCACAGCAACAGUGACCGUUGUUCUACUGGACAUCAAUGACAACUUGCCAACGUUCACACAACAAUCGUACAUGGUCACUGUCAAUGAAAAUGUGACAGAGUCUGACCUCAUAACUCUACAGGCAACAGAUUUGGAUUCAGACCCCAACAACAUCACCAACUAUGUCAUCACUGAAGGAGACACAAAUGUCUUUAACAUUGACCCAACUACGGGAAGAUUGUCUCUGGUGACUCCACUGGACAGGGAUGGAGGUCCUGCUACCUACAACCUCACAGUCAUGGCUUACAACACAGAGUUGUAUAAUGGUACUGGGGAGAAUAAUACAGCCACUGUGGUUGUUUCAGUUCAGGACAUCAAUGAUAACCCACCAGUCUUCACUCCUGACCAGUACCUCUCAACCAUCUUCGAAAACAUCACAAUAGGAACCACAGUUCUAACAGUAAAUGCAACAGAUGAUGAUACGGACCCAGCCAAUAGUGAGAUUCAUUUCAGCAUUGUCUCAGGAAAUGACGACAGUGUCUUCAGCAUUAAUCCAGUGUCAGGAGCAAUCACUGUACUGAAGGAGAUUGACUAUGACCCACCCAGUAACAACACUGGAUUUGAACUUCAGGUUUUGGCCACAGAUGGCAUGUAUAACACCACAGCAAUGGUGAACAUCAUGGUGACUGAUGUUAAUGACAAUGCACCAGAGUUCACACAAGAUGUUUAUGAAGUAGGGGUUAAUGAGACAGCUGCUGAUGGUGUUCAAGUUGUCAUGGUGACAGCCACGGAUAAUGACAGUGGAGACAAUGGGAACAUCACCUACACAAUCAUCUCUGGCAAUCAGAACAUGACGUUUGCUAUUGACGAAGUUUCUGGAGAGAUCACCUUGCAAAAAUCACUUGACUAUGAUCAGGGCAAAAAGUCUUACCAACUAGUUGUGGAGGCCAAGGAUGCUGGUACUCCAGUCAGGAGCAGCAUUGCCAUUGUGGACAUCCUUGUUGUGAAUGAGAAUGACAAUUCACCUGUCUUCCAGGACCCAACAUACAUCUUUGAUGUCUAUGAGAAUGAAAGGAAAAGCAGCUUUGUAGGAACGGUUCAUGCUUCUGAUCUAGAUGGCGACAAUCUAAAUUAUACAAUAGUAGAUUCAGUCAUGGGGUAUUUCAGUAUUGACUCUGCUACAGGAGAGAUCAUCACAUCAUCCCAACUGGACAGAGAGACAAACUCUUCCUUCACAUUCAACGUCAUCGUCAGGGACCCUGUAGGACAGGAAGACACAGCUGUAGUCACAGUGGAAGUUCUGGAUGAGAAUGACAACUCCCCAGUGUUUGAUAGGGAGAUAUAUGCUGCCAAUGUCCCUGAGAAUACAACUGGUGGUAGCCUGAUCUUACAGGUGACAGCCAGUGAUGAGGAUGAGGGUUCAAACAGUAAUAUCACCUACUCCAUCCGAAGUGGAAACACUGAGGACAUUUUCUUCAUCAACAACAAAAGUGGUACCAUCUUUCUGCAGACCAACAAGACUUUGGACUAUGAAACUACCCAGGAGUAUCGUCUGUCUAUAAAGGCACAAGAUGGUGGAGACUCUCCUCGGUCAGAUGUGGCAGAUGUCACAAUCUCUGUCAUUGGUGUGAACGAGUUUCCUCCUCAGUGUAAAGAAACACCUUUCCAGGUGUCACUGAUGGAGAAUCUGCCCAGCCCAGCCCAACUUCUGCAGGUUGAAGUCACACAUGAAGAUGCUGCUGAAAUAUUGGAGUACAAACUUGUGCAGGGACAAAACUCAACAAGUCCAUUCUCCAUAGAUCCUAAAACAGGACUGCUAAACACCACUCAAGCCCUUGACAGAGAAGAAACCCCACAAUAUAGCCUCAAUGUCUCAGUCUCAGAUGGUGAAAAUGUAGAAUACUGCCAAGUACAGGUCACCAUUUUGGAUCAAAAUGACAACACGCCUCAGUUUUUCCCAAGUAAUUCCUCUCAUUUCAAUGUUUUGGAAAGUGUGGCUGUAGGCACUGUUGUGGGUCAAGUUUCUGCUAACGAUAAAGAUGCAGGUGCCAAUGGCAGAGUUACCUUCUACCUCAGCUCAGGGGCUGAUGGGAGAUUUGCUGUGGAUAGGGAAUCAGGUAACAUCACAGUUGUUGCAAGCUUGGAUCACGAGUCCCUACCAGAUCCAAACAUCAUGCUCACAGUUGUGGCUGCUGAUGGUGGAGAGGAGCCUAAAUAUGCAGUAUCCACAGUAACCAUCUCUGUCAUGGACAUUAACGACAAUGCCCCAGAGUUUGACUCCUCCCACUACAACUUCCAAGUGUCAGAGAACAUGAAUGCCAGCUCAUUAGUUGGCACAGUCUUUGCAGAAGAUACAGAUGAGGGUAUGAAUGGGGAAGUGAAGUAUUACCUGGACCCAUCUGGUCAAGAAGUGCCCUUCAACAUCAGUGAAGAAACAGGAAAUAUCACAACUACUGAAGUCUUAGACAGAGAAGGGGGUGUGGCCUCCUACACAUUCACAGUCAUCGCCCAAGACAACGGCACACCAACUUCCCUCAACUCAAAUGCCACCGUGACCGUGUCCAUCACUGAUGAAAACGACAAUGCUCCCAAGUUCAACCCUGCCCAGUACCAUGUCAGCAUCCUGGAGCAAUCUCCCAUUGGCAUGGUUGUUGCAGAGACAUUUGCAACAGAUGCUGAUGUGGGAACUAAUGCAGAGCUAAGCUACAGUCUGAGAGGGAAUGGUACAAAGUACUUCAGUGUACUUAAUGGGCUGGUCAGAAUAGAGGAGAUCCUGACAGUGGAGAAGUUAACAGAAGAGGGGCUCAUCUCUGGGCUGGCUAAUGAAACAAACAGUACUACCAUCAGGUUCAAGGUGAUUGCAACUGAUGAUGGGAACCCUCGACUGAGUGGAGAAGCUGAGGUGUUCAUCACAGUAGGAGAUGUGAAGGAUGCCACACCCGUGUUUGGGAACUCCACAUACAAUGUCAGAGUGGCGGAGGACAGAGCUACAGGAACCCCCCUGGACUUCAACAUAUCAGCAUCAUCAGAAGACCCAGACACUGUCAUCAGCUUUGAACUGUUGAACUGGUUGGACACGUUUGAACUACAGCAGGGUGACAACAUGGCUACAGUACAAAUCAAGAGCAGUCUGGACAGGGAGACAAGAGACUCCUACGAACUUUUAGUGAGAGCAACAGACGACAAGAUCCCUCAGCACACAGCAUAUACAACGGUGGAAGUUACAGUCACAGACAUCAAUGACCAGGAUCCCACGUUCCAGAGUCUCUCCUACCAUUUCACAGUGUCUGAGGAUGCCACACAUGGCAGUGUAGUUGGCACUGUAACUGCAACAGACAUGGACCAGGGAAAGAAUGGGGAGGUCAUGUACAGGAUAACUGGUGACAAUGGUAAUGUCUUCAGCAUUGACAAUACAACAGGACAGAUAACAACAACAGGCCAACUGGACAGAGAGCAAAUGGCAGGAUACAACAUCACAGUCAUGGCCACAGACAUGGGCUCCCCAGCAAGAAACACCACAGCAUUAGUAACUGUCUCUGUGGAAGACAUCAAUGACAGCCCUCCCGUGUUCUCUAACUCUUCCUUUGAGGUGUACAUAGGGGAAACAGUGAGGAUUGGUAGCCAGGUGUUUCUACUCAGUGCCACAGACCCAGACUCUGGUCCGCUGAAUAACCUGGUAUACUAUUCCAUCACCGGGGGAAAUGAUGAUGAUACUUUCUUUGUGGAAACUCAACUAGGCACUGUGAAAACUGCUGCCAGGCUGGGAAGUGUUGACACUUACACCCUGAGUGUGCAGGCUUACAACCCACCAGCCUUCGUGCCAGAUGGUGUCCUGCUGGAUAGCAAUGCCAACCUCACUGUGCAUGUAAACCGGGCGCCACGAUACAGCAGGCAACCGUAUCUCAAAGUCCUGAGGGAGAACGCAACUGUCGGGACUGAAGUGGCUCAAAUCCUGACCUCUGACCCUGAUGGUGAUAACAUAACCCUGAAUAUCACAGCUGGCAAUGAGCAGGGGGUCUUUACCAUUGACCAAAUGGGGGUGGUCAGUGUUUCUGCCCCUCUUAGUGCCAACACUUUCCAACACAUCCUCACCGUGGCAGCAACUGAUGAUGGAAACCCUCCCAUGACUAGAUCUACAACGGUGACUGUCUAUGUAUUGCCUGCCAAUGUGUCCCUACCCCUGUUCUCCAAAGACUUGUACGACGUAACGAUUCCUGAGAACCUGCCUCCACAAUCCUUUGUUGUCAUGGCAACAGCAGUGUACGUGACAGAGGAGAGUGUCAACUACCCACUGAGAUAUUCUAUACUCAACGGCAACACUGGAGGUUAUUUCAGAAUAGAUGAGACAACAGGCUCAAUCACAACCAACAGGAGCCUGGGAGAUAUCCCACAAUCCUCUGCUGUCCUGUCCAUCAUGGUGGCAGUUAACGGCACCCGAGCUCUCACAGCCAUGGCAACAGUCAACAUCACCGUGGUGGAUCAGAACGACAACGCUCCCGUCUUUGAUCCAACAAACAUCGAAGCUGCUGUCCCAGAGGACGCUGUCCUUGGUGCUGAAGUAGUGGUGUUAACAGCAACCGAUGCCGACAAGGGUCUGAAUGCAGAACUUCAGUACUUCAUCCAUAGUGGAGGGGAUGGCAAGUUUGCACUGGAUAACUCCACAGGGAGCCUCACAGUGGCAGGAGACCUGAUUGACUUGGGAUCUGUACAAUAUGAGAUUGUGGUGUAUGCAGAAGACAUGGGUCUGCCAAUUGAUGGCCUGUCACCCCUGAGAGGUUACGCCACUGUGGUCGUCACAGUGGAGGAUAUCAACAAUCAUGCCCCACAAUUUGUUCAGCCUGCUGGUCCAUUCUCUGUCAUGGAGAAUACAGGUCCUGUGGAACUUGGGGUCAUUAAGGUCACUGACCUGGAUACAGCAGAGGUCAACACCGAUGUCUCAUAUGAAAUCACAGGAGGAAAUGACUACACCAGCUUCUCCAUCAAUGCCAGCUCUGGACUGUUGAUGUCGACAAUGGAACUAGACAGAGAAAACACCAGUAGUUACAGUCUGGUCAUCACUGCAACCAACUACAGAGCUGACCCACAGUUAAACUCCUCAACAGUUGUGGAGGUCAUAGUUCAGGACCAGAAUGACAACAGCCCCACAUUCAACUCCUCAGAUUACGCUGUACAGAUUGACCUCACAACAUCCGUUGGGUCAGAGGUCAUCCAAGUGUUUGCAGAAGACCAUGACGAGGGAGCAAAUGGUGACAUUUGGUACUUCCUGAAGACUGAUGACAGCUACAGCACAUACUUCACCUUAGACGACCCCAACCAGGGAAUCAUCACCACCAGACAGGAAUUUAACUUCAACGACUCUGUCAAAGUGUUUGAGCUACAAGUUACUGCAUAUGAUGGGGGAGAACCUAGAGAGUCUGCUUCAACUACUGUUACUGUGACUGUGGUAAACACUGCAUUCAACCAACCCAUCUUCACAGAGCAGCAGAUUGUUGUUUCUCCUCUUGAGAACCAACCAGCAGGCACCACAGUAGUCACAUUAUCAGCCACUCACUACACAGACCCUUCAGGAGACAUCACUUACUACUGUAUCAGAUCGGGCAACGAGCUAGGAAACUUUGCUCUGAACAACAAGACAGGUGAACUGUACACCACCAGAGAGCUAGACCGUGAAGAUACGGCCGUGUACACUCUGACAGUGGAGGCUAUUCUGGUCAAUGGUACUGGGGGAUGUGACAGCAGGAGAAGGAAGAGAGCAAUCCCAGCUAACCAGAUUGUAAUAACAGUGGAAGUCGGAGAUCAGAAUGACAACCCACCUGUGUUCUCUCAGAGCAGCUAUGUAAAAGGCAUCCCUGAUGAUGCUCCUAUAGGGUAUACAGUUAUGCAGUUACAGGCCUCAGAUGCAGACACUGGCUCCAAUGCUGAGCUCACGUACGGUUUUGUAGGGACCAAGCCUGACCAGUUUGAACUGGAGAGCAGCACGGGAACUCUGCUGACUGCAAUAUCAUUUGCAGGGAGCAGCGGAGACAAGUUCAAGUUUGGGGUACAGGUAGAAGACAACGAUGGCAACUCAAAUUCAACUGAAGUCACAGUAUUUGUGCUGACCUUCACCCAGCAUGUUAUCCUGGAGGCAGGGUUGUCUCCCUCUGUUGCUGUGGAAAACCAGGAGGAGAUAGCAGAAUUCCUCCAAAACAUCACCGGCUACGACAUCAACGUGCAUAAGAUCGUUCCUCUAGAGGAGGACUCGGGAAAAACUAACUUCAGCGCGUCUGAAAUCUGGUUCUAUGCUGUGGAUCCUCAAACCAAUGAGAUUGUGGAAACGUCAGAUGUGGAAAAUGUCAUUGCAGCUAAUCGAGAGCAGUGGGAGGAAUUCCUGGAUAGAUUCUCUGGCAACCGCAUCUCACAACCAGUUCCUCAGCUGUACACAGACACCACCAUUGGUGUUCUGGAAGGUUCUCUUAUUGCCGUGGCAGGAGUGAUCUUGAUUGGAGGUCUGAUUGCUGUGUAUGCAGUACAUGCCUCAUGGAAAAAACGUGUGAUGGAGAAUGUGAACGAGGUCAGCAUGUUUGAGAAGUACAGCGUGAGUGAGGAAAACAACCUGGUCCUCACCAACCCUACCUACGUGGACACCACCAUGGAGGGACCCACUAUACAGGUCAUACAGAAUGAUGAUGUACAGGAGACAUGGGUGGCCCCGAUGAAUGACUUGCAGCAGAAAGAUGCCAGCCAUGGACAAGGAAACGGGGACACACAGCACCUUAUUCAACAGGACCAGCAGGGCUAUGGACCAGCCGGAGGUCAACGGUUAUCAGAUUCCGAUAUUCAUGACCCGAGCAGCGCACAAGUAGACGAUCUCGUAUUAGCAACAGUUUUAGCAGCUGAAGGCAGGAAACCUUCGACAGAGAAACCAAAGGCCAAAGGAGUAACAUGGGCUGCAGAUGUUAAAACAGAUUCCACGGAUCAAGACAAGACUGCAGUGGACAUUCCCGAUGAUGCUGAUGCCAAAAGUGACUUUGCCAGUGAGCCUGUCCAUCUCUCCCCAGUUAUGGGCCCUUCCCCAACUGCUGCUGCCUUGAUGGUGACUAGUCAGCCAGAUAUUCCACCCUUCCCAAACCCGCCUCCUCAACUACAAGAUGAUAAUCCACCAGAGGAUUAUCCACCAGAGGAUUAUCCUCCCCCUCCUCCCCUCCCUUUCUCCGACCCCCCAGACCUCCUGCCAAGCGUCCGCCCGACCGACCACAACUCCAACGUACCCAAGGACAACCCCUUCACCAGGGAAACUUUCGACAGUGCCAUCACGGACACCUCUACCCCCAAGAAGAAGCCCAGUGACGUGCCAGGCAUUCUUGCACCAGUUCCCACCCCAUUCACCCAGGUCCUCAGCUUAAGCAAACAGAGGAGGUCGGAGCCUCUGGAGACCAUACUGAUGUCUUCUCCAGCCAGCCAGGUCCAUGGAGAACCCGUUCCGGUAACAGACAUUGAUGCUUUGAUAUGGGAUGAUGAGGAAGAUGAGGUACAACACAUUGCUGUGAGUGUGGUGUAGACUUCUGACCUCUCUGCUACCCUCAACAUUUUCACUGGUUGAAAAGCUGCAGAUGCGGUGCUUGUGAGAGAAGUUUGAACUAACCGGUGUGAAAUCUGUAUGUCUUUGACAGAAUCUGAACUCAUUUGCAUCUAUUAACAUCUUCAAUUCUUUUAACAUGGUGUGGGAAAUGUAUGAUGACAACAGUUGAACUGUCACUCCAAUAACUCAUUAACUGGAAUGAAAAUGUAUUUUUUGUACCUUAUGGCAUUAACUUAAAUCUUGACUUUUACUGAAUACAGUACAGCAUUACAUCAAUCUGUGUAUAUAGCCAUAAAAAGCUGUUUAUAAUGUGAUAAGUUAAGUGCACCUGUACAGUUGACUUUUA